AUGUUUAAUAUAUCAUUAAAAAUAAGAUUGUUUUCACUAGUUGAAACCAAAAGAUUUAUUUAUUAUAAAAAUUUUCAAAAUAAAUUAUUACAACCAACUUCAAAAGAUAAUAUUUUUAGGUUUUUAAAAAUGAAAAAUACUUUUGAAAAACAUAAUAUUAUGUCAAAACCUCCAUCAAUAUUAAUUUAUACCAAGGAUAAUUAUGAACAAUUUAAAAAAGUCAAUUAUAGUAUAUUAGAAACGGUUUCUUUAGACACUUAUACAACAAAAUAUAUUGAUACAAAUGUAUUGAAAAGUUCUAACUGGAUUGAAUCAUCAACAACAUGUUUGAUUUUAUCAGGUAUUGAUGAGUUGGAUCAAGAAUGUAUUGAUUCUAUAAAUAAAUUUAUUAAUGAUAAUGGUAAAGUUAUGAUCCAAGAUUCGAAAUGUAAAGAGUUAUUUAAAAAUAAUAAUGUAAUAAAUGAUGAUAAUAUGAAUAUUAUGGAAAUGCUUCAAAAAGUUGGUUUAGAUAUAACUUCAGAACACGAAAUAAAAAAAUUGACAACUUCUUAUUUAGUAAGUGAUAAUGAUAAAAGAAUUUUUGAUAUUGUUGGGUUAAAAUUUUCUGAAAAAUUAGGAAAUAAUCCUAAAGUUUUUAUUAAUCCUAUAGAAAAUAAUAAUGAUUCUAAUGAAAUUGAAACAACUAAGGAUCUUAUAAAUAUUAAAAUAUUAACAACAUCUAAAGAAAUUCCUGAAUUUAAUAGACAUGAAUAUUUUAAUAAUCUUCGUACAACUGAUUUAGGAAGACUUUUAGUUCAUUCAGAUGUAUGUACAACAACAUUAGAUAUAAGUCAAAGUUUAAUAACAGCAUUCCCAAAAAAUAUAUUUCCAAUAGUAGUAACUACAAAUUAUCAAACAUCUGGAGUAGGUAGAAGUGGUAAUAGUUGGAUUUCUCCUAAAGGUUGCCUUAUGUAUUCUUUUAAUUAUGAUAUUGUAUCAACAUCAUUGUUAUGUAAAAGAUUAACAUUUAUUCAACAUAUUCUUGUUGUUGCAAUGGUUGAUGCUAUACACUCAUUAGUUAAUGUUGAUGAUUUACCAUUAAAAAUUAAAUGGCCAAAUGAUAUAUAUUGGAAUAGAAAAUAUAAAAUAGGGGGUAUAAUUGUAAAAUCCUCAACAUCAGGUGACAACUUUAGAUGUAUACUUGGAGCUGGAUUAAAUGUUAAUAAUGAUAAACCAACAGUAUGUUUAAAUAAUUUUCUAAGAAAAUUAUAUGGUAUGGAAUUAAGUAUUGAAUUAAUAUUAUCUGAAAUAAUGAAUAAAUUUGAGAAACAUGUUAAAAUCUUUGAAGAAAAUGAUUAUGAAGUAUUUCUAGAAAAUUAUUACAAAUAUUGGCUCCACACAAAUGAAGAAGUUUUUGUAAAAGGAGUUUCUCCUAUGGAUAAUGAUGUUGAUAUAGAUGAUAAAUUAAAUGAAUAUUGUAUUAUUAGAGGUAUAAAUGAAUAUGGAUAUUUAAAAGUAUUAGGUAAAAAAUCAGGAAUUGGUUUUUCUGUUUCUGAUGAUGGAAAUACUUUUGAUAUGAUGAAGGGAUUGAUUAAACUAAAAAUUAAUGUAUAA